AUGCCUGAUUCUUCAGGAAGUCGCUGGGAAAGGUAUUAUGGCGUUGGCGAGACACACCCGCUGCGCCAGAGUGGCCUCUCAUGGAUGGACCCAAUCUUCCCCUCGAUUGACCCGCAGACGCUCGAGAUCAUUGAACCGCCACACAACACGAUUCCACAGCCGUCUCCGCCAGAACUGGAUGACCUCCUCCUUUCGGAACGACAGCAACUUUCAUGUCUCUCGGGGCUGCGGACCUGGGAAGCUGCGGUGCUGGCAAAGACAGAAGCCUAUACUGUCACAGGUGAGGAGCAAGCCAUGAUUGGAAAUGAGAUACAAGUCGACGAGUCGUCUUGGCUGCCUGUUUGGUCAAAAGACCGUUGGAUGAUUGACUUCACUGCGCCCCCCAAUUCCUCAACCAAUUGGUCCGGGUCUCAUCUCUGGAGCGCGCACGAUCCGAUAAUCUGGGGGAUUCUCAGAAAGGCGAUACAAAUCGCCGAUAACAUCUUGCGGAAAUCGCUCGAAGGAGACUGGCUACAAUCUCUGCUCAUCCCGGAAAACAUUGAAAGCCAUGAUACGACACUCCUGUCAGGUUCAACUAAGAUUGGUAGAAUUUGGCGAAUGAAAUCAUCUCCUGCUAGUCGCAAACCUGCGAAAGAACUGAUCCAGCUGUUGUCCUGUCCUUCCCUUUUAAACAGAGUAUUUUGGACUUUCAACGACAAAACAACCCUGAACUCCUAUCAGCCGGAUGGAAUCACCAAGGGAUUGACGGCACCAUACGAUUUAUCGGAAGGGCCAAUCACGGUCUUCGUCAACAUCCUUGGGAUAAAGACGCUUCUGGAUGCAGACGCCACUCAAUCUUCCAAGAGUGCGGCGCUGGUGUGUCUUGCAGACACUCUAGUUCACGAGCUCAUGUUCGGCCCACAGGAACACCAAUGCGAGCUCGGGUGGUCAUUUGAACAGCAUGCGUUUGGAGGCACUGUGUUUGGACUUGUCCCCAAACGGGAUGGAAACUUCCUCAGCGCAAACUAUGCGCCAUUGAUUCUAUCCAUCAACAGGUUUCCUUACGUAUCUGAUCCUACACUUACCUAUGACUUUCUUUUGGAUAGCCCCACCAUCGAAACAAGGUGGCCUCUGUCAUCACUUUGGCAUACUUCCCUUUCUUCCGAGCCUUUCUGGACUCAGAUCGUUUCCAAGUAUGGUUAUUCAAGCCUGAAGGCACCUAAAAUGCUCGAGGUCACGAGGGAGAACGGAAACCGAGGCUUUUAUCAACCUUGGAUCUGGGCUAUCGAAAAGUCGGCUCGGUUCAAGGAAGACUUCGUCCCUCGAAACUAUCAGGCUAAUGCGCUCAAGAUUUUACAGAGUAGGCGGCUCAAGUAUCAGAGAAUGCGUCCGUGGUUCAAAGACACAUACGCAAUGUGGCAGAUGACGCCUUACAGCCAGGUCGAUCCUCGACACAGACUUUCACGUCUUACGCAAGUUCCGCUAGUUCGCAGGAACCAUCGUCACGAACUUGACACAGAUCGCCUAGCCGGUUUAUUGAUACACCCGCUAUGCACGGGUUACAAUCAAUAUGGCGUACUCGAAUACGAAUUUUCGCAACGAGACUUUCAAGCUCGCAUUUAUGAUGAGAAUAAGUCGCAGUGGUUCUGGCGGGCUAUAGGAGAGCGAUGGCUCUACCCUCCGAUCAAGUUACAAAGGCGACACUUGCUAGAUCCCAACGAUCCGUAUUUGGCACGUAGUGAUCGCCACAGCUGCAUUGAUCUAGCCGAGACCGCGUUCAACACAUAUGCAUCACUCUGCAUAGAGCCACCCGGUUUGCGAGACGCCUUUGUAGCCGAAUGUACAAGCUUGAGAGCCCAACUGGAUGCCGACUUUGCGAACGGCUACACCUCGUGGCUUGACUUCCGCUUUUCAGUGCCUCAAUACCCUGGGCAAACGAUACUUUCCUUAUUGGACUUUCAUUGGGCGGGUGAGAAUUCUGGGAACUCUCCAGACAAGUACAGUGGGGACAGAGCUGCCGAAAUAUUUCACGGAGAAGACCCGGCAAAACACCCCUCCUUGGACUUGCCGGCUUUUGCGAAGGCUGGAAUUUUUACUGUGCCUUCAAAGCCGGGUGAGAGUCAUCAGCGAUAUCAGCUACCAUACUACACAGUGGCUGAGCUGUAUGAUCAUGCGAAAUUAAUCGGAGAUGAGCUUAUUCUGGUCGAGAAUGGGCACCACCUGGAUGUUCACAAAUGUUCUGCCAUCUGUCGAUCUCUUGAGCUUGAUGAGGACGAACUGCCUGAGUUCACCAAGCCCACAUUCUACGGCACUCAGUUGACUGAUGAUGGAGUGGGGUGUCUCCACGAAGCCGACAUACCUUCUUUGCCCUUGGGUCGAGUGGUUCGCGUCCUGCGGGGAGAUGACAUUGCUCAGUGUGAUGGAACGGGCGGAGAGCCAUUGUGGAUCCGCAUACAUAACGACGUCUUUGAUAUUACUUACUUGAAGUGUGUAUCGGAGCCGGGACUAAGAAGACUCUUGGCGAAUAAUUCAGGUGGAGAUCCAUCUCUUGAACUACUGCAAGAUGGGUAUUCUCUCGAAGAGAUCAAGAAGUCUCUGACGCCUUGGCGGGUUGGCAUGUUGGCCAAAACUCCAGGCACAGUUGCCAAUAAGCAUUCUGUCAGAACCUUCACGCCUCAGUCGCUGAGAAGACAUGAGUUCGAAGAGACAGGGAUGUAUGUUGUGAUUGAGAAUAAGGUUUACAAUAUCACCAACUAUGCCGAAACACAUCCAGGAGGGCUCCAGUGUUUGGUGGAGAAUGGUGGACGAGAUAUUACAGAUCUCUUCAAUAAAUACCACCAAACGAAUCGCAACACGGUUCUCAAAGGUCUUCAGGAGUUGUACAUUGGCAAUUUGAUCGAGCAGCGACAAGAAUAUGUAGACGAUGACAUAGAAAGUCUUGCCGAUGACAGGCCUGUGCUUCCACAUGAGAUCAGGUUUGGCAAGGAGGUCUACUCAGUGAAAGCUCUCAGAGACUCAGAGGAGCAUGGAGAGUUUCUUGACCUCGCAGAUGCUCUUUCUCCCUACCUUGGACUCGACGCCACAGAGGCUCUGCAAGCAGAAGAAUAUGAGAACGGGCCCCUCAUGCGCUUUGCUUGUCUCAGAGGCUACAUUGUAGCGACCGUUAAGGACGUAGGCCUUGGACUCCCGGAAAUUGAGCCGGAGGAACUCAGAAUGUUUGAUGGACACACCGAUGAGAGCUGCGAUGUUCAGUACGACGCAUUUGUGGCUUCAAAUGGCUUCGUCUACGAUUUAACGUCCCGGUAUAAGAUGCCUAUCUGGGCCAACCGCCCUCGAAAGAUUCCGAAACCUCCUGCAGAGGACGAGAUCGCUCCUCACAUUGAUACCAAAGAAAAGGCUAAGGAAACUUCAAAGGAAGAAGUCUUCGAGACGAAAGAAGUUUUCGAACCCACUCCAACGGCAACCUUUCUUCAAAACAUGAUCAAUCAACUUGACGAGGUCAAUCAGCCCAGCUUCGCCAUGAAUCUCGAGGAGCAAGAAGAUCGAAUCAGCUGUACUAGUCACACUAAGGGCAAGCAACCGGAGAGUAAGGCAAGUAGUUCAAAGGUGCGGCAAUUGAGUAGACUGGAGGCGGAUCUUAGACGUCGCAAGGACGAAAAAGUCAUGAGGAAGAUAGCCAGGACAUGGCAAGAGGUAAUUGCCUCAGAUGAAUCAACUCUGCCGGCUGCCUACCCGCUAGACAGAAACGUCAAACGCACAGAUGGUGUUGCGAUUCAGGAGCAAGAUUUAGAGAAAGGAGAACGUAGCGCGCAGCAAGAUGCAGCUCCGUCCGGUAUGUCGAGGAGAGCACUCGAGGUCAUCAAGAAGCGCAAGCCUGUGUUCGAGAUCGACGAGGGCCCUCCGAGAAAACGACGAUAG